UUGGACGGUGGAAGGCUGGUGGGAGUGGAGGGGCGGCGCGAGGUUGACUCUUUGCUGACUUCCGGGUAGAUAAGAGGCGUAGGCAGACUGAGGGAAGAGGGGUUGGGGUCUAAGCAGAGUGCUUUAGCUUGGUUUUAGAAGGCGCUCCCUUUCCCCCUCCCAGAACGGUCAGCCCCCCGUGCCGUUUCCCGAUGGCCCUGCGCUCGAGGUGGGGGCAGGGAGCGGCCAGGCCCGCGACCACUCCAGCAGCCCCUCCGCGGUGUGGCCCAGGCGGACCCUGAGGUGUUGCCUGGCUGGGUCUGCAAGGCCGCAGGUCAGGGAGCCUAACUAGUCACCCACUUUGCGAAACAGGUUUAGGGGCACUGGAGGGUUUAUUUUUUGUUUUACUUAACCGAAGUGUUUAACCACUCUCUGAACUCAAAGACCUACACUUUUUCAACUGGACUCGGCUAUCUCCUCAAUUUACUCUUUCUCCCCUCAGGGAUUAUAUUAUGUAUGGCUGCCACAAACAUGUCCCACUGUGGUAAGCAUUUUGGGCCUGAACAAUUAGAGAAGUGGCCAGAACCCGAGUCAGUCACGUUGAUGGAGGCAUUAGCCAGAGAAGACAUUGAUGAAGCUGUAUAUGCAAUAUUAUUUAGAGAAAAUUGUAUUGCAAAGAGAUUGGAUGCGUAUUUUCAGCAUCUGGAUGCUUUUAAGGAAAGAAGAAAAGAGCUGUUGCAUAAAAAAUGGACUGAAAAUGUCGCAAAGCCUCUUCAGCAGAGAAUUAUGGAAAAAGUAAUUUCAUAUAAAGCAUUGGAGAAAACAAAGCAAGAGAAUUUUGAAUAUUUUUUAAAGCACACAAAUAAAAUGGAAAUUAUAUUUGGAGACUUUUAUGAUCCUGAAGUAUACAACCCUUUUUAUAUGACAAAAAAGGACCCAAAUUAUGGAAAGGUUGCGGUCCCACCAUUCUGUGAUCCUCUGUUUAGAAGACAGCAAAAGACAGAUGAAGAGCAGAGAGCUAUUUUUCAGUACACAACAGGAAAACGAUGUACCUUAAAAGAAUUUAAAGAGCUAGAGAAGGCCAGGCAGUAUGCCAGGCUGCCCCAGUUCACGUUCAGUCUCCACAGCAUGGUUUCAAAGGAGAGGCCCAAAGAGUCUGCGAAGCCUGUGGGAAGCAAAACUCAUAGCAAAUGCAGUCCUGAAAAGCUUGUCUGUGCAGAAGAGAAAUUUCCACCUUAUAAAGUGAAAACGACUAGUGACGUAAAUCCAACUGUUUUUGAAAGGCGGUUUUAUUCCUCGAAGAUCAGCCAGGAGAGUAAAAGGCAUGAGAAGGGCCUGGCUUUAGGAACUGGACAGCACAGACCCCGCUCCUGGGCAGCAGGAGAGGGCCAGCAGAGGUGCAGGUCACAGCCUGUGGACAGAAGAGUGAUGACCGCAGAGGUCCUGGGGCAGCACCUGGCUGCCCUGCUGGGAGACAGGCCCUGAUACUCGGCCCUUUGCGUCAGCCUCGGUUUCUCAGAGAGACCCGAUGCUGAAUGUGGACGGAGGCGGGACUGCCCGUUG